AUGAACCUUGCACGGUGCUCCAAUCUUGCCCUCGAGCCUCGCACCCCAACAAGCAACAUCUUCCGCGAAGAGCGAAGACGAUGCUUCUGGAGCAUCUGUUUACUCAAGCGACUCCACGGUGAAGAAUUCACCAUUGCCGAUACUCCUGAUAUGGGAGGCCCUUCUUUCCCCCAAAGUCCAACCCGGCCAGCACGCGGCAUGUCUCCAGGCCCGUCCACAGUGGAUGUACGAAGAAGCGACAUUCAAGACCAAGGUAUAAUGGCCUAUGUGAUAAUGCUAAGCGAAGUAUUCGCUCGUACUGCACGAUAUGUGCGCCUUCGCGGAAGACCAAGCAAUGUCCCUCCGUGGUCACCUCAUUCCGAGUACUCAAAGAUCAUUGCAUUGCAAAUGGAUUUAGAGACUCGUAUGCCUCUGACCCAUCGAUUUAAACCGGCCAACCUUAGCGAUAGAUCAAUCGAUGAGCUUCAAGCUCAUCGAGAGUACUGGGGACCGUGGUUCUUGAAUCAGUUCAUGUAUCACACCAUUCUGUGUCUCCUCAAUCAUCCCCUGCUUUUGUCAUUGAGUCUGCGAACCUUUCGCAGUACCAUCCCUGAGAUCUUCCUCCAGCAUACAUCUGAUCUGAUCUCGUCACACACAACCUGGAUCAUUCAUUUCAUCAACUACUUCGAGGAGAGGUCUUUUCUGGUGUCUGAUCCGCUACUGGGGUAUAGCGCUGCCGUUGUGGCGACUAUCGAGCUUCAGCUGAGCUUUACGGAUAAUCCCACAAUUCGAGAGCAGAAGCGUGAGACGUUCACUAAGAAGAGGUGGCCUCAUAUGGCUCGCCUGGCGCAACGGUUGCAGCAUCUGGAGGAUGCCGUCUCAGCAACAUACCAGUCUGAUCCAGAGGCCCACAACCAAAGUCUCCUCAUCGAUCUUUCCAAAUUCUGGGAGAUCCUGGAGUAUUCAUCCAACAGUGACACGGACUCUGCAAGGCGUCUUUUCGGAGAUUCUCUUUAUUCAGGACCAACCCUUGUGGCCGCCGAAGUGUCGCAGACGUCGCCUUUACCAGCACCAACUCGCAUUGGCGAAGAAAAAGCCUCCAACUACACAACUCCUAAUUUAGGAGCAAAUAAUGCCUUUCCUGGAGCCCAUGACUACCAUGCAGGCUCAUUGGUCUCACCGCAGCAAUUGACUCUUACGAACGAUGAAUUCUCCAUCCUCGCCACAAACUUCUUUUCUCAAGGACAAGAGUUCCUUCGCGGUGGAGACACAUGGGAUAAUAUCGGCAACUUUUGA